UGGAUACCUUUACAUUUUUUCUAUUUGUUUUCACGGAGGUUUAGGUAUUUUCCCAUCGUUCAUACUGAAUGACAAGAACCAGGUUCAAACUUCAAACGAACUGCCCAGUGCCAACAAUUUCAGUUUGGACGAAGUGAGUAAAAACGCCGCCAGCUCUUCCUCUUUUGACGGAAGCCGCGUUUCUGUUCGGCGUGGGCUCAAUGUUACACAGGCGCUUACUCUGCACUACUUCAGAAGCAAAUUUGCAGUUGAAAUCCAAUGCCAUUCAUAGUCACGGUAAAUGGGCCAUCAAGCAGGUCACCAAAUCCAACUUCUCCGAAUCACUGGAAGAGAUCGGGAACCGAAUCGCCGAAUCUGAUUUCGUCGCAGUAUCGUUACAGAUGACCGGCGCUUACUCUUCUCCCUGGCAACGUCUUCGCCCCUUUGACACUGCCGGAAUUGCUUAUCUAAAAGCUAGACAGGCAGCCGAGAGGUUCCAGAUUCUUCAAUUUGCCGUUUGCCCUUUCUCUUUGCGGGCGACCAAACUCAUUGCAUACCCAUACAAUUUUCAUCUUUUCCCUCGGGAUGAGUUGAAAAUUGGGUUGCCUUCUUACAGUUUUUCAUGCCAGCCAUCCUAUAUGGUCUCUAUUGCUCGUGAAGGAUUCGACUUUAAUGCCUGCAUAACUGAUGGCAUAUCAUACUUAUCCAGAGCAAACGAAUAUGCUGCCAAAGACAAGAUUAGAAAUCUAUCAGCAGGGAGGUGUACAGUUUCAUCAACAUCAUUCCGAUCAGUUGCUGAUUCUUUAUUUGUAGAAAGGAUCAAAUCCCGAGUCAACCAUUGGAAAAAUGCUUGCAAUGAUCAGAGCAAGAAACCUGAAGAUGUUUUAAUUAGUUCCUUGAGGAAACUGAUCUCUGCAAUCGAAGUUCAUGGUUCUAGGCACUGCCUGAACAUAGAUACUUGCAGUGAACGGCAAGUGCAACUUGUGUGUGAGACCCUUGAGGAGUUUGUUGAUGUUGUACCUCUAUUAGUUCCAGCAAACGGAAGUGGAACACAGACAGUCCGGGCUGUCUUGACAACUUCACAAGAAGACAAGGAUCUCUUUGAGAAGGAACUGCAAGACAUGGAAAGGGAUCAUAACAAGCAUAUUCAUGGCUUUCGGGAAGUGGUUGAUUUGAUUGCCAGUUCUCAAAAACCUAUUGUUGCCCACAAUUCACUUAACGAUUUUACAGCUAUUCAUUCCAAAUUUCUAGCUCCUCUACCAUCAACGUUUGAUGAAUUUAGACACUCACUGGGCUCUGUUUUUCCUUACAUUAUUGACGUGAAACACCUUAUGAAGAAAUUUGGCUCUCAGAAGAAUUUGAAUAAUAUAUAUGUAGCUACAUCUUACCUCAAUAGCAGGUUUUUUGCCCCAGUAGAUGUGGAGAUUCCCCAACAAGGUACAUCACCCGACACAGACAAAAUGAAGAGUCUUGGCCAUAAUGUUAUAAAGAUAAGUGAGUUGUUCGCCAAGCUUUGCUUUAUUUUGAAAGUUGAUCCAAAAUCCCUUGAAGCCAUUGAGGAAGUAAAUGGCCAUUUUCCCUUAUCUCUAAAAUGCGAUGGGAGUACAUUUGAUCCUUGCUCAACCAGUUAUCAGGAUUUUACUAAUAAUGAAGAAGAAGUUAGAGUUCGGGCAAAACGUUGUGAAACAGUUAGCAGUAAAAAUGUGGUCUUCCUUUGGGGAUUCCAGUGUGGGAUUUCCGGUGGCCAGUUGAAAAGCUUUCUGUAUGGUAAACAUGAAGUCUUCUCACAUGAAUUUGAUGUUUUCCUGGUGGAUGACAGCUGUGCAGUUAUUGUUUUCCGGAGUUCAGGUUACUCUGAAGUUCUCUUAGAGGCAAUGUAUGACUGUGGUUCUUUGAAGGAUAUGUUGUCUGAAGGGAUUAGAGCUGCUGGUUAUGAUGCAUAUGUGAAAGUGUGUAAGUUAGGGUUAUGGAAAACAAACUUGGCUGAUUCGUUUGACUUGGCUUUGGAAGAAGAAUCUGAACGCCUUUUAGAAGAAGCUCAACAUGCUAAGAAGCUCUCCAUGAUACAUAGUGAUGAAAUGAUGAACCUGGAUGAUCUGUAAAACGUACGAAUGGUACGAUAGUAAUUGUUAUGUAUUUCUAAUAUAGAUACUGUAAUGACUUGCAAGAGGGAAAUACUUGUUGCACAUAAAAGUGCACCUGUUGGCUGUAUGGGUUCGUUUGGUAAUGUUCCUGUUUUGUGUUCUAUAUUUCAUGUUUUCAAUUUUUUU